AUGUUAUUAAUUAUACUAGUUUUUUAGAUUGUGUAUGCAUAAAAUAGAAAUCAAACUUCUACUUUGAUUAUGCAAACAAUGCAUGAAUCCUAUCAUUAUGAUUUAUUAGCAAAAUAUUCAGACUAUUUAAAUCCUGAAUUUGAAGUUAUCAAUAUCGAAGCAAUGAACAGUUACACUAAAGAUAAAGCUUUACCAAAUUAUACAGUAACAGAAUUAACUUAAUACAUUAACUCUAUUAAAUUUACUAAGUCUUAUUAAACAACUUCAUAAUAUAAUUUAAAAAAAUACCCAAUUACAAUUUUUUUAUGCAAUGUAGAUGUAGUCAUAGUUGAAUUUAGUAAAAAUACUAAUAGUUAAAUGGAUAUCUAUUCUCAUCAUGAAUAUAACUUAGUAAAAACAAUUAGUGAUAUUAAUACUUGUACAACAAUGUAUGGACUUUUUGAUGAUUUAAAAAUUAAUAUAGAUUGUGUUGAUUAAUAAAAUAACUUUAUAAAUGUAGUUCUUGAAAUUAUCUUGGAUAAAAACAUGAAAAUAUAAGAUGUUUAAUUUACUUUUUAAUAUUAUAGUUUUGAAGAUGUUUUAGGUUCAAGCUUAGAAGUCACAGCAUAAUGGAAUAACUGUAAAAAAAAGGAAAUUAAAUAUAUUGUGCAUUAUUCAUAAAUUAGCAGAAUUUUUUAUUGUUUAUAUAGUAUUUAAAAUAAAUAAAUUAGAUAAUUUACUUUAGCAAUAAGAUUAAAUAAUUUUUAUUGAAGAUAAUACAAUUUUAAUUGAUGAUUAAUAUAUUAUAACUGUAUAUGUUCUAGAUUUACAUAACUUUGUUAAAUGUAAUAGUGAAGAAGUUGUUAACUAUUUUUAUAUUAAAUAAUUAGUAGCUAACUCUAUAACUCGAUUAACAGAAUAUACAUAAUAUGAAUAAUAACAUAAAUGGGUUUUUAGUUUGUUACUUGUUGAUAGACAUGGAAUUUGCAAAUGUGGGAAUCUUAAUAAAAAUAAAAUUUAGUGUGAUUUUUUAGAAUUAUAAGAAGGAUUAUACACAAAUUUAUAUUCAUCUUCGUAUCUAGAUGAAAUCACAUAUAUUUAUGUAGCCUCAGAAAUCUUACUUUAUAAAAUAAAUUUUUAUUUCACUUACCUUACAGAUCAAGAUAAAAUUGAAGGCUAUUAUUAUAUAAAAUAAGAAGGAUAUAAUUUAUAGAAAAUUCAUAUUUACUAUGAUUAUUUAAUCGUUGUAAUGUCAAAGAAAACUAUUAUUACAAAUGAUAAUUAUUUGCCUUAAAGGAUAUUGUUUUUUCAAAAGAAAUAUAAUAUUUAGUAAUACGUUCCUAAUUACAUAAUAGACUCCACUUCUAACUAUGGAAUUUUUAGAGUAAACUUUGAUGAAUUUCCUGGAAGUUAUUAUUUGGAAUAUAAUUCUGCAAUAUAAAAUCUGAGUUUGCAUCAACUCUAAUGCAAGCAUCUAAUAUUUACAUAUGAUUAAUAAAUUGCAAACAAAAACUAUUUAAUAUUUUAGAUAACUUUAUAAAUAAUGAAUUUUACUAUGUCUGCAAUAGAUGUUUUAAAUUUGGUAAUUUCUUAAUAUAAUGAUGAUUCUUUUUUUUUAAUUAAAGAAAUUGCCUAAGAUUAAUUGGUAUUUAAAUCUGAGUAAUUUAAUUUCAAAUUGAAUAAUAAUCUUUUGGGUCCUUUGCUAAAUUAUCAUGAAAUUGAAUGGGAAAAUAGAACAAUUACAGCAUCAUCAGUAAUUGAAUAUAUAAGAGAGAUAAAGUUCAUGGAAUUUAAAUCAUAAUUUUUUAAAGUAUUUUCUGGUUUAUUUGUAUAUAAUGAAAUAAACGCAUAUUUUUCACUUGUAGGAUUAAUAAAAGAUGAAUAAAAUUAAAUUGUUCUAGCUUAUUAAUAAUUUAAGUAUGAUAAAAUAAGAUUUUUUGAAGAUGGAAAAGUAAAAUAAAUAAAAUUAGAAUAAUUUUAAUUUUCUAAUAUUGAUUUUUUUAGUGUUAAUAUUUUAACAGUUAUAAUUGGUGAUUCUACUUAAAAAAAAUAUGUACUAUGUUAUAACAUCUAAUUUUCUAAUUGUGCUUUGUUGACUGGGUAUUUAUUCUUUGAUAAUUUAUAGUGAUUUCUUAAAAGAAUAAGUACCAUAUGAUUUUAUUUAAUUAAAUGAAAUAAGAUGUAUAAAUGAUACUUUAUUUGCAAUCCCUAAUAAUCAUAAAAAAAUUAUUUUAUUCAGUUUAACUUGUAAAAUAUUUAACUAAUAAUAAAUUGAAAUUUUUAAAAUGGGUGAAAUUGAUUCUUAAACAAUCCCUGAAUUAGAAAACUUUGAAAUAUUAGAUGCUUAAUUUGAAAUAAUUGAUAAUAAACUAUCCUUUAUACUAUUAAGUGAUGGAAGUAUUAUAUAAAUAAUAACAUACUAUUCAAUAUCUGAUUAUCAAGUCAAUUAUAAAGUAAUCAAUAAAAUUAAAGGAUCAAAUUGUAUUCCUAAGAUUAAAAAUUCAUCUAAAAUUUUCAUUUAAUUUCAUUAAGAUAAACGAGUUUUGGUUUACUUAUGUAAUGAAAAUUAAGAAAAUUAAAAAAUAGUUGAAUAUGAUCUUUAGAAUCCAUAUAAUCCUUUAUUAAUAAGAAGUUACUCUUUAUUUAGUUAUUAAAUAAAUAAUUUAUUAAAACCUUUUAGUGAUUCUUAGGUAAUCUAUAUUCCAGUAAAUGCUAAAGGAUAUUUAGCUUAUUCUCCUUUUUUUCCAUCUCCUAAUAUUUUACUUCAUAAUAUUCCUGUCUCAAAAGAUUUGAUAAGUGCCAUACCUGUUAUUGUUAAUAAUUUUGACACAAAUGAAUGGGAUAUAUUUUCAAUGGCAUUUUUCUUUGAUAAAAAUGGAGGUACUUUAUUUUAUUUGAAUUCUAACCCUGUUUAUUAUAGUGUAAUGAACGAUGAUGAUAUACAAUCUAAAAAAAUGAUAAUGGUAUAUCAAUAAAAUUAAGAUUCAACUAUUUUUAAAGAAUUUAAUAUAUAUUUUGAUUAUUCAGAAACAUAGAUAAUUUUUAAUUCUAGCAAAAUUAAUUUAGUUAUAAAGGAAUAAGAUAAAAUUUUAAAUUUAAAUGACUCAGAAAUUAAAGGAGCUGUAGAAGAUUUUGAAAUCUAAAAUUUGUCAGAUAAGGACAAUAUCAUUAUUAAGAAAAAUGAUAUUUUAUAAUUAAAUCAAUUUUUGAGUGAUCAUUAUGAAACAUUGGAAUUUGGAAGAAUUUUUGAUAUUUUAGAUAUGAAUCAAACUGAAUAUUUAAGUAUUAUUAAUUCAUCUGCUUAUGAAAAUAAUCUAAUAUUUACAGUAAGCCAAUAUUAUUUUAUAAUAUAUGAAAAACAAAGAUAAACUACAUAAAAUAUCAAUAAAAUAACAAUACUUAAAAAGGAACGAUUAACUAAUUUAAGUACACAACUUGAAAAUCUUAGAUAGUGUAGAUUAUCUAUUAACGAUAUUAAUUAAUUAUUAUUAUAUUGUUAUAAGUACUAUGUUGGAAGUUUAUAAAAUCAUUCUAAACUUGUUUAAUAUUUUUAAAUAAAUUUUUAGUAUGAUUAUGCAAAUUCGAAGAUUACUUAUUAGAUUAAACCAAUUAAAAUUCUAUUAGGCAGUAGAUUAUAAAUUGAAACUAUUAAUCCAAUUAAAUUGAAUGGAUAAAUAUUUUAAUUUAUAAAAUAUAAUUAUGAAAAUUCUUAGGAUUAAUAUGAGUUAAUUUCAGGGAAAAUAGAGAAUGGUCAAUUCAAAAGUAAAUAAAUAAUAUAAUCUUCAACAUUCGAUUACAAUAUUUUAGGGCAAUUAUCGUUUGAUACAAUAUUAUUAAAUGAUGAGACAAUUUUAGUUUUGACUUUGGAUAUACAUGAAUUAAGAGUAUUUUUUUUUAAAUUAGAUAAUAUAACAGCUGAAUUAAUUAAAACAAAAGAAGAAAAGUUUUCAUAUAAAUAAUUGGAUUUGUAUUUAUUUAAUUCGACAAGCCGAUAUCGUUUAGAAACUAUUCAUUUACUUGAUUGUCAAGAUUAUAUAUGUUUAGUAUUGUUAGGAACACCAGAUAAAUUUUUUGAAUUUCAUCUCAUUCUUUCAGAGAUCGAAAUCUCAUAAAUAGUGAAAAAAUAUACGUAUUUAAAUUAUUUUAGAUGCAUUCAUACAAAUAAACAAAAACCUUAAAUAUAAUUGAGAGAAAAUUUAUAAAUUAGUUAAUUAGUUGCAGCCUGUGUGAAAUCAGAUGUAGAAAAGAAUUUUUUUUUUGAAGACAAAUUUGAUUACUUAUAUGAUGAUCUUUAAGUUUUUGUUUAAAUUUUUCAUAGAAUUUAAUUUGCCACUGAAUCUUCACCAAUUAGGAUAUAUCGAUUCUUUUUUGAUAUCACAUUAAGAGAUAGAUUUCACUUUUUAUUAUAUGUUCGUUAACCAGAAAAUAAUAUUCAUAUUCUAUUUGAAAAUGAUACUUAUUUUUUAAUAGAUUAUUUAAAAUAAGAUUAAAUAUCAUUUUAGAUAAAAUCAAAUUACACAAAAACAACAACUGUAACUGGUAAUUUAGUUCUUUCUAAUAUUUUUAAGAAAAAAACAGUAGAAAUGUAAAUAACAUUUGAUUUUCCUUAAGAAUAACAUUUUAUUUGGAUUUAUAUAACAGCAUCGAUAUUUUUAUUAAUUAUAUUAAUUGUUCUUGGAAUAUUAUUAUAUUUGAAGAAAAAAAGAGUAUAAAAAAAACCCAAAAAAAAAAAGAAUGAUUCAUUUUCAAAAAGUCUAAUUGGUUUAGAUGAUGUAUUAAAAGAGGUGAUUUUAGGAGAAGGAAAAAGAGGUGGUUCUUAAACAAGAUUAGAUGAUAAUCAAUAUAAUGGUAAUGAUAGUGAUUGA